CUCCUGUCCCAGCAGUGUGUGAAUCAGCACAGCAACAAUACAGCAACACUAAUGAUGUUUUAAAAAAAAAAACAGGGUCAAUCCGCUCUUGAUUGGUCUCCCAUUGGUCGCUAUGGGCCAAUAAUGUCAGUCACAUUUUCCCACGCUGGAAGAUGAUACAUUUUAUAAAGUUCACACUGGGUCACAAAGGGGGGAUCUUUGCUCAACAGGCGGGGUACACUUGAACAUAUAUUAAGUCCGAAUAAAGAGCAUUUUUCUUUAGUGUCUGUGAACAAUGUCUUUAUCUAAAGAACACAUACUAGCAGCGGCCGACUACGAGAAACCGAGCCAGCCAAAGUGCACCCGGUGCCGGCACCAUGGGAUCAUCGUCCCGAAGAAAGGCCACAUGAAGUACUGUCCUUUCCUCCAGUGUGACUGCUGGAAGUGCUACCUGAUCACCCAGCGGACGCAGAUCUCCACCCUCCAGCGCAACCUGAAGAAAGCGCAAACUAACCCGCAAAAGAAGGAGCAGCGACCGAGCGCCCCCAAGUGUGUCAGCGUGGAGACACCACCAGCGGCGGUUGAGGGGACUUGUACCGCCUCGGACCCGGGUGGAGGCGCUCGUCCGUCGGGAGGGGCCACGGAGCGGGCCGCCUGGAGCCCUCUGGACCUCCGGAGCAGACCUGCCGCCAGAGGAGAGAAUGUGGCCGGCGUGGACAGCGGGAAACUGCCGCCGUGCUCUUCCAGUGAGGAAGGGUCAUCAUAUGCCCCUCGCCUCGGUGAGUUUACCCACACUGCUCCUCCGCCCGUUAUUCACUUCCCAUUUACGAUGUCAGGCCAUUACCCCAGCUGCCGCGUGCCGUGUCCCAACCUCCUGCUCAACAUGCCCCUGUUGCCCCCCGUACCUGCCGGCCUUUACAACGACGGCCUCUUUGGACCUUUAAUGUUCCCCCACUUUCACCUGGGUGCUGUGCAUUACCCUCCUCCACCAGAGGCUGCUGCUGAUCGGGGACCGGUCUUCUUCACCCUCCAACCACCGCCGCUCCCAGAGCCCCUGCAGGAGGAGCUGAUGCAGCCACAGCCUCCUCUUUCCACUAAAGACACUUAACUAAAGGAGGUGAAUUAAAAAAGCACAGUGAGCAAAAAAACAAAACAAAUGGGGACUAAAUGAUGAAGAAAUGAACUAUUUCCUCAAGGUUUUCCUGUUUUAAAUGGAGAGGAUUUUUUUUGUUAUUUCUUUUAUUAAGGAUGCAGUUUGCAACCUGCUCGUUGCUCCCUGUUCGUUAAGUGUGUUAAGAUUUAUGGCAUGUACUUUGUAUUUGUAUUUCUAUCUUUGGAAUUGAUAAUAAAUUCAAUUUAAUCCGAAGUUAAUUGGAUUUUAUUGUUUCUUACGUUGAUAAAUAGGUUAUAAAUCAGUGCUAUUACUAUUUAUGAUCAGCAAUAAAUUAGCAGUGCAACAUACUUUUGUUCAGCUUACAUUUUAUAUACCAUUGAUAC